CAGACUCUACUUGCAGGUCUCUCCGAGAUUUCAUUCAAACUACGAACAUGGAUUACGCCUUUGAGCAUCACAAAAUCUACAUUGGUCGCCAUGUGCGGGAGCUUCCAACACCUUCUCUUAUCAUAAAUAAAUCCAUAAUAGCGCAAAAUAUCAACAAAUUGCACGACGAUGUUUCGAGGCUCGGUAUUUCGUUUAGACCACAUCUAAAGACACUGAAGACUUUGGAGAUAACACGUCUCAUGCUGGGAAAUGGUUUGUACCGCAAAGUUGUGUGCUCUACCAUUCCUGAGAUAGUUGGGUCUCUACCCUUAGUCAAAGAAGGUCUUCUAGAUGAGGCUAUAUUUGGUAUGCCUGUCUACAAGAGUGUUAUUCCUCGCUUAACUGCUCUCCGAAAGGAGAUCAAGAUCGAUCUACUUGUCGACAGUUGCGACCAAUUGGCACUUCUGGAAAGCUCUGGGGCAACAUGGGAUGUCUUUAUUAAGAUCGAUGUAGGCGCUCGCAGGGCCGGCCUCGCUACGAAUUCACCGCGACUUAAGGAAUUGUUGCAAGCAGUCGAGGCCUCGCAGUCCGCCAAUCUAAAAGGCAUCUAUUGCCAUGCAAACCAUUCAUACGGCUGCCGGACAGAGGAGAGCGUAGUCGAGAUGCUGCAACAUGAGGUGGCGGAGGUUGCUGCGGCAGCUUCAUUUGUAUCAACGACCAGGCCACUCAUUGUGUCAAUUGGCGCAACGCCUACAGCACACGUAAUUGAUAGAUUGAACGAAAAGCUGCCACCAAACGUAACACUCGAGCUUCAUGCCGGCAAUUUUCCAACGAACGAUCUCCAACAAGUCUCUACAGGUGUCAUCUCGAUAAACCAUCAAGCGAUUCGCGUAUGCGCAGAUGUCGUGAGCGUCUAUCCCGAGCGUAACGAAGCCUUGAUAAAUGCAGGGGUAAUUGUUCUAGCUCGAGAAGCUAGUGAGUAUCCUGGACACGGCAAGGUCGUGGAUCAACAACAUUGGGACGUAAUUCGUGUCUCUCAAGAACACGGUAUACUGGGCUGCACAAAACAGAACGUAGAUGAAAAAGUUGGAAAUCUCUUCAAAGUAGGCGAAAAGGUUUUCCUUUGGUGCCAGCAUUCUUGCAUUACUGCAGCUGCAUUUUACGCUUACUUUGUUGUGGAUGAGAACGACAUUGUUAUUGGCACUUGGAUCCCAUGGAAAGGUUGGUAGUAGGACCACUGUGAGAUAUAUUUCUUAGCUCGAUUGAAUGGAAACUGGCUGUGCUCUGCAGACGCGCAGGGCACUAUCUAGGCCUACAGGCCGUCUUCUGUCACCAGAAAUGACUCUUAUUCUCUGUAAAUGCCAUCCAUUCUACGAGAAUGAAAUACAAGUCUUGAACAAACAAGCUAAACAAAUCUGCUUGUAACAGCUUGCUCAUUUGUAAGUCUAGUUGAGAUGGCCCUCCUCCGCUAAGCAUUGACCUAAUUGCGCAUAACAGUAAUU